UGAGAGUCGUGCCGUGCCGUGCAUCGUUGCGACCAAGAAAAAAAAUAUAUAGUCGGCUACCGCGUGGUAUUUUCGAAAAAUCGAUUGCCGCACUCCGUCGAGUGUGAGGACCAAAUUCACGGCCCUGCCGCUCGUUCGAAAGUUCAGCUUCAGUAGUUUGUGACGCGUCUUCUCGAACCUCAUUAUUGAACAUCAGUUAAGUUAUAGACACCUCGCUGAUAGGAUCGAGGGAGCACCGUUUAAAGUUCUCCUCCCUCCUGUAAAUUCAUCGCGAGAGCGCGAUAGGUCGUCGCGGGCGUGCUUUAAACCUCUCUCCUUCGCAAGAGAGAAGCGCGCAGCUGAGAGGUGGAUCGGUUCGAUCGAUGUUACGUGGCGACCCAGGGGGAUCGACGAUUUUAAACGCGCUCAUGGCCGUUUGAGUAAACAUUAAAGACGAGACAGAGUUGACCGCUGGCAGACACAAAGGAACCAUUAUUGCGAUAGUCUACGGGCACGUUGUGUGUGGUAUGUGCACGUGACAAAACGUUAUCAUCUACAGCACGAAAUUCUUUUGCGACUGCGAGACGAGUCUCGUCCUCUUUGAAAAGUCUCGGUGCGGUUUCCGGUACAGGUAACCGAAAGUAUACAUUAAUCAGCGAAGCGGAAUGACAUGCAUUUGGUGACUCCUCGUGAUCGUGUCUCAUUCAAUAACUUGAUUGGAUGCUACGAAUCGUCCCGCUUCGUCUGAAGAUGCCUUUCACGUUGUAAAGUGAUUCUCGUCGAAAGAAGCUGUACACUUACGAUGGGCAAGCUUUUGAGUCUUUUGGCUCGAGAUGAGUCUACCUGUUGCACCCCUCAGAAGUACGACGUCUUCUUGGAUUUCGAAAAUGCGCAACCAUCGGACCUCGAACGCGAGACCUUCGAGGCGGUGCAGAGAGUGCUGAAAAAUUCCGAGUCCAUCUUAGAGGAGAUACAGUGUUAUAAAGGAGCUGGGAAAGAAAUCAGAGAGGCGAUUUCGGCACCCACGGAGGAAUGUCAACGAAAAGCAUACCUGACCGUGGCACCUCUCGUUGCGAAACUUAAACGGUUCUAUGAAUUUUCCUUGGAACUCGAAAGGGUUGUACCGAAAAUUCUGGGGCAAUUGUGCUCGGGAAACCUCUCGCCGACGCAACAUCUGGAGACGCAGCAGGCUCUAGUCAAGCAAUUGGCGGAGAUAUUGGAAUUUGUAUUGAAGUUCGACGAGCAUAAAAUGAAAACGCCGGCGAUUCAGAACGACUUCAGCUACUAUCGGAGGACAUUGACGAGGGCAUCGCUGGCGCGUCAGGACAACGCCGAAAAGGACCUAGUUGUCGGGAACGAACUCGCCAACAGAAUGUCCUUGUUUUACGCCCACGCGACACCCAUGCUUCGAGUUCUGAGUCACGCGACCAUUACUUUCUUGAUAGACAACGAAGAUAUAGCAAGGGAAAACAUUACAGAAACGCUUGGUACAAUGGCAAAAGUGUGUCUUCGAAUGUUGGAAAAUCCGAAUCUGUUGGCGCAAUUCCAACGAGAGGAGACUCAGCUCUUUGUCUUAAGGGUUAUGGUGGGUCUGGUGAUCCUAUACGAUCAUGUACAUCCCCAAGGUGCCUUUGUAAAGGGUUCAAACGUGGAUGUGAAAGGUUGUGUGAAGCUGUUAAAGGACCAGCCGCCUUGCAAGAGCGAGGGAUUACUAAACGCUCUUCGCUAUACCACGAAACACUUGAACGAGGAGAACACGCCAAAGAACAUAAAGAACCUGCUCGCUGCAUGAUUACCGUCGAAGCAACGCGGUUGCUGCAUCAGAAGCUGAGACUGCCGGUUGCACUUCCUUGCAGACAUUUUUCUCGAACGGUAUCGUUUCGUACGACCGUUUUUAUAGCUCUGCGCGUAGGUUCAAGACCACGCGUAAAGUGCGACCCGUAUCAGGCUUCCUUCUUGCAUGCGUCUGGUGAAUCACGGACCACACGCGUGUCCUCGGAAAGCUCUACGUCGAAAACUGCCCGAAAACUG